AUGGUUCUUUCCAGAAAAUUACAAGUACUGAUAGCCUGUGCAAUCUUCUUUCUGAUGUACAUCCUGAUUAUCUCUUCGCCGGCAACAGUCGUUGUGGACCAGCCGCAAACAAGUUAUUUUCUUGGGAAUGAUGGCUGCUCCUGCACGCACAAAAACGUCACAUACGAUUUCUGCUACCAUUUACCCAAGAAUUGGACCAUUAAGGGAAGACGCUUCAACUGUAGUUUCUCUUCACAUCUUGAAAAGCUUGGAUUGUUAUCGAAAGCGAAAGUCAUUGAUUUGAUGACAGAAAAGAUGCCCACGCCGAUGUUCGUGAGUGCUAUGUCUGAAAACCACUUUAUGGAAGGACUUAACCUGAUUGCAAACAUCCGUAGAUUUUGGCCACGUCAGAGAGUUAUCGUCUACGAUUUGGGUCUCAAACCGAAGACAAAAAAGAAGCUACAAGAAAUGUGUUUGGUUGAAGUGCGGCGUUUUCCAUUCAAAUCAUAUCCUCACUACGUACGGCAAUUGAAGCAGUAUAGAUGGAAACCUCUUCUCAUAGCAAUGAUGCUAAAGGAGUUCGGCGCUCUAUGGUAUAUGGAUACAUCUAUUAGAUGGAAAAGAGAUUGUCGUGACAGUGUUUACAGCGAGAUCACUUGCCGUAGUGGAUUAAACAGAACUUUUACAAGGUCACCCUUGACUACUGUACCGAUUAAUGCGAAUUGCACAAAGCCAGCCUACAUGCUUCAUUUACCCGCGGACCACGGCAUUUUUCCUGCCACUCAUCCAGGGAUGUACAAGUAUAUUCCAACGGAUAUCGAUGCCAUCAAGAAGAAGUCAGCCAUGGUUCAUAAUGCUGGUUUCGCUUUCAUCGUCAGAACAGCUGAAGCCAUGGACCUGCUAAAAUGGUAUGCUUUAUGCGCUCUCGAGGAUGAGUGCAUGGCACCUCAUGGAGCUAAGCGAAGGUGCAACUUCAAAAACGACCGCUUCAACAGAUACGCUGACUGUCACAGGUACGACCAAUCAGCCAUCAAUCUGCUUCUGGCUAACUCAUAUGGUUACGACAUCGCAAAUUACAUAAGCAACAUCGGAAAUGGGGCAACGAUCAUACUGCAGUUUAGGAUUACCGACUGGAGGAGUUGGGCAGAUGUGAAGGUGGAAAGAGUAGCGAAACACGAUAAGCCCACCCAGAGCGAACUUUUGCUCAAGAUCCAUUGACACUUCUGCUCCUGGAAAGAAAAAUAUUUGAAUGGGUCUGCCUACGGACAUGCCAGUUUUGCUCUACGUUCAUGUUUCACG